AUGUCAUCAGAGUCUCAGAUAACAAGCGAGAAGAUCAUAGCAGACUCUGUGAGCCACCAAAUAAAACUCGAAAAGCCUCAACAAUCCAUUGAAGAUCUCGAAGAGCUACAGUCCCUUCAACUCACCAAACGAACAGAAUACGAACAACAACUUAACAAAAACAGAUUGAACUACGGCCAGUGGAUACGAUAUGCCAAAUGGGAGGUUGAAUUCUGCAAUGAUUUCAAACGGGCCAGAUCCAUCUAUGAAAGAGCAUUACUGGUUAAUGUGGAGCAUGUUCCAUUCUGGAUCAACUAUAUCAAGUUCGAAUUAUCCAACAAUAACAUAAACCACGCUAGAAACAUUCUUGAUAGAGCGGUGGCGAUUCUACCGAAGAUUGAUAAGUUCUGGUUCUUGUAUGUGCAAACAGAAGAAACCCUUCAAAACUAUAACAAAGUCAGACAAUUAUUUAAGAGCUGGAUUACUUGGAAACCACCUGCCACGGUAUGGGAUGCAUACGUGAACUUUGAGAAAAGGUACGAUGAAACAGACAAUAUCAGGGAGAUAUUCGAGCAGUACAUUUUGUAUUUUCCCGAAGGAAAGACCUGGAUGACCUGGAUAAAUUUUGAGUUGAGAGUCGGCGAUAUCCAGUACAUACGAAAUGUGCUUGAGUUGGCGGUAGAUAGCAUAUUGAAAUCUAACCCUAAUGAUGAGAAAUUGCCAGCAAUUAUUGAAAAGUGGACCAGAUGGGAGUUCAAACAGAAAGAGGUGGAACGGGCAAAUGAGAUCUUCAGAUUCAUCCUUGAUAAAUCAAAAUUUCAGUUUGACUCCAACCAAUACCAACUCCUAUUACAUGAAUUCACUAAUUUUGAGUCAAAGUUUGGAGAUGAGAACUCUCUCUCUGUGAAUGUGCAAUUGAAGCGUAAGUUGAAGUACAUUUCAAGUAUCGAGAAAAAUCCCCAGGACGUUGACUCAUGGUGGUUACUUCUAGACUUAUUACUGGGAGACGAGCUCAAUGAGUAUAUGAAGAAGGCCAUAUCACCCGAAAAUGCCCCCAAAGAUACGUCUAAAACCGUCGUCUGGAGAAGGUAUAUCUUUUUGUGGAUAAGAAAUUCUUUCCAUCAAGAGUUUACAUUGGGAAAUAUCGAAGCUGCCCGUCAAGUGUGGGUGGAGUGUCUAAAAGUAAUACCCAAGCAAAUAAUGUUUGCUAAAAUAUGGAUCGAGUACAGUGAGUUUGAAAUCAGAAACGGCGAAGAUGGGAUCAAUAAAGCUAGGAAAGUGUUAGGAAGAGCAAUUGGAAUCAUGAAACAGCCUAAAAAAAAGAUAUUUAAGCAUUAUAUCGAUUUUGAGAGAAAACUAGGCGAAUGGGAUAGAAUAAGAAAGAUCUACGAAAAGUGGUUUGAGUUGAGCUUGAUAAACAAUUUUCUGGCUUUGAAAGUCCUCCUUGAGUACAUCGAUUUUGAGAAAAGUCUACAAGAAUAUGACAGAUGUGAAGCCAUAUAUAAGCUUGGACUCCAGUUAAUGGAGGAAGAUUUGGUUGCUGACAAACUAACACCAUUCGAUUUUCUCUGUAUUUCUUUUAUUGACUUUUGCAAAGAGCAGUUUGAGUAUCCAAAGGCCCGGAAGUUGUUCGAAGAUUUGUUGCUUGAUCACGACAAUGUCAAAGUGUGGAUUUCUUAUGCAAACUUUGAAAGCUCAAUUCCAAACGACAGGCAAUUGGAAGAAUUCAAUACCAAUACAGACGAGGAGUUUGCAUUUGAGCUUGAGGAAGAUCAGAAGAGCAAUACUCGAAAGGUGUUUGAAAGAGCCUUAUCUCACUACAAAAAACUUGAAAAGGAUGAAGAACGGGUUAUUAUUCUCGAAGCGUGGAAAAGUUAUGAGCAGACCAAUGGAGAUGUAGAGUCUACUAGCUCAGUUGAAAAGAAGUUUCCCGAUAUUGUCAAGAGAACUAAAGUUGUUGACAAUAUUAACCAGGAAUACUUGGAAUACGUGUUUCCCCAAGAUAAAUCCACGAUUCCAAACCUUAGUAAGUUCUUACAAAAUGCUCGAAACUGGGCUUCUGCAAGUAAUAGUUGAUCAAAAACUUUGUAUAUUAGCAUUUAGAUAGAAAUGGAUGAAUGAAUUGGAAAUAUGAAGCUAAACUCGGGCACCACCUCUUAAGGUUAAUACCAAGUGCAACGAAGCACCGGCAGUAAUUCCACUUUCUUGAAUAGUGGCUCCAUCAUUGAGAGAGUUUCCCCCGAAAAUCAAUCUCUGUUGGGAGGGAGGGAUUCCUUCCUUUUCUUCCAUGAGCUCUUUCACGUGUAUCACCUUAUCUGUAGGUUCCACGUCAAUAGGGAUAUCUCUGCCUGUCAAGGUCUUGACUUUAAUCUGCAUCUUUUCAAAGGAAUAUGUUUCUCAGGAAUCUUGGUUUGGAUUCAUUCGCACUAAAUAUCUUCGCUUUAGGUCAAUGUUGCCUACUCCGAUUUUAAAGGAUUUGGAUUACGAUAACGUAUACGAGCCAUCAGAAGACUCUUUCCUCCUUCUAGACUGCUUCGAAGAUGAAAACACAUUUUUGUCCCAGAAAUUCGGAAUUGGAAGUCCAAUUAUCACCGAAAUAGGAACUGGCUCAGGCAUCGUCACCAGCUUUUUGAUGAAAAAUAUAUUACCCAAUGGUUUUUACGUGGCCACCGAUGUCAACCCUCACGCAUGUGUUUCCAGUAUCAAUACUAUUCGGUUGAACAACCCUGACUCUGCCAAAAUUGACGUGUGUCAAAUGAGUUUAACCACAGCUAUACUUCCACAUACCAUAGAUAUAUUGAUAUUUAAUCCUCCUUACGUGCCGGCAGAAGAGGUUCCUGAAAUUCCUCAACAAUACAGGGAUAGUAGGUGGCUAGACUUGGCGUUAUUAGGAGGUUCUGAUGGAAUGGAAGUCACAUGGCAGCUACUAGAUCUGUUAGAUAGUAUCAUUAGCGAGACCGGUUUGGCGUAUAUUCUAUUUUGUGCACGAAACAAGCCAGAUUUGGUGAAAUUAGAGAUGGAGAAACGAAUGUGGGUGGUGGAUAAGAUCAUAGAGAGGAAGGCUGGUUGGGAGGUGUUGAGCGUAUUACGAUUUAUGAAGAGGAAAAACUAGAUAAUAGAAUACUCCAUUUUUCCUGGCGUAGAAAAUGUAGGAUUACUCCCUUCGUGUAACAGAAUACAACAUUGUUUGAGGGAUCUUACACAUCUCAGAACCCUCUAUUUUUAUACAAAUGUGCCCAGACUCUUUGAAGUACCU